AUGGCCUCUCCAUCUGACUCGCAACAACAACCACCGCCCAACUUCAACGCGCUUCUGCAAUACCUGCAGAGCCAAGCCGAAACCACAGACACCGAGACAACCUCGCUAGCCACUGACAUCCAGAAGCUCGACGUGGGCGAGGAAACAACCGAGCAAGAUAAAGUCAACGCCUACGUAGCCGAGUUCUUGUACAUUGGCGGCCCAGAAAUGCCUGUCCACCCUGUUGAAGAUUCUGCUCCUGGUAGCAUCACCGAUAAGGUCGCAAAGGAGUCCUCGGACUCGACAGCUUCUUCGCACGGCAUGCACAAUACGGAUAGCAUACAGCAGGUUCAGGCUCAAAUGAAAAAGGGCCCAGUUCUUACCCGGGACCUGCCCGAGCCCGCGAGCAAGGAGGAGCUGAAGAAGAGGGCUGAGGAGCUGAACAAAUAGAUGCACCAUGGCGUUCAAAUCUCCAGCAAAGCAUACCAUAGGGCUACAUAUGCAAGACGAAUAAUACAUAUACCAU